AUGACCACAAUACCCUCCCGACUCGCGCAGAUGACGCGCGUCUCAAGCAACCGCGGAGAAGCGCGCCUUCGAGCUAUUGACCUAUACAGGGCAUGGGUCCGUGCUGUACGUGUACUACCGACUGAGCUAGCUUUCCACCCGACAUUAACCGAACGAUCCUUCAAGGCUCCUGAGAUUUGUUCAAUCUAUGCGUUGAACAUCACUCCAAACUACCUCCGCCAAUCAAUUCGCCAAAAGUUCGAGGAAAACCGCCACGUAACAGACCAGCGCGCCAUCGAGGUGUUAUUGCUCAAGGGCCAGCAGGAAUUGCAGGAGACAUUGAACUGUUGGAAACAACCGGAUCAUAUAUAUGGGAUUAUGCUCCAAAAUCGUCAACGGCCACAACGAACGUUCUUGCAGAAGUUUUAUGAGGGUCGUGACGAGGACGCUGUUCUUCCCGCUGCAUCUGGCACUGUAUAG